AUUCUGGGUAGCUCCUGAAGAUGUCCGCAUGACAACCGCUCUGCUUGUGCAUGAUCGUCCUUUACAGGAGUUUAGUAUACCGUUAACUCUGGCCAGAAGAAAUGUUAUGUCACCAUGAUCCCUUGUUUGGUUUGCUAAAAUCUGUCAAUUAUUUAUUCACAGAGUCGAAAACACUAUUGGACGGCUUCACCCCUGUCAAAAGAGAUCUCCGCUGCUGAUUGGUUCAUUGCACGUGUGAGUAGACUCACGUGCUUCCGGUUAGUCUGGGGAAAAAAAGGUGUGUUAGAGGCUGAGCAAUUUUAGGAGAAUUUCCCGAAGAUCGAAGCUUCGUAGAUUAGAGAAGGGCUGGGACUGCGAGACUGCGCGCAAUGUAUUUUCAGUUUUUUCACGCGGCCAGAUUAUGACAGUUGGAGACCUAAACCCACACGAUGCCGUCCAUUUAGAAAUUAAGAGAGUAAAAUUCGGCAACGGCAUUUAAUGUCAUAAGAUACUGUUGUUUUUCCUUCAUAACUGGAUACAAAUAUUGACCAACAAGUGGAAUUCCGUGUGGGAGUGAACGUUCCCGUGCUGAACUGGUUCCAGUUAUGGAAGAGCAAAAGGAUCAAAACGGCCAGGAUUCGAGUGAGGAAGAGAGCGUCUCCCUUUCUCCCAAUAUGCCGUCUCCGCCAAUUUUGCCCCACCAGGCAGUGCAGCAAGCUCACAGAACCACCAACUUUUUUAUUGAUAACAUUCUGCGGCCGGACUUCGGAUGCAAGAAGGAGAGCGGGAGCAGGGAGCGGGCACCGACCGCGGGCAGGGAUAACGUCAGUCUUCUGAGAAUACGGCCGUCUCAUCCUACAAUAUUGUGCCAGGAUUCAAACGGCAGCAGUGACGGCACUUCUUCCUCGUCCUCCUCUUCGUCUUCGCCGUCCUCGAAACAGAGCGCGGCGAAGCCGGAGCAAGGGAACGGAACUAACGGGACAAAGUACGACGAGGGCACUACGUCGAUUGUGGUUGUAAAUAAAGGAGGAGCCGAUAAAAAUAAAGAAGCGCAGCCGCUGCUGUGGCCCGCCUGGGUCUACUGCACGCGGUACUCAGACAGACCGUCAUCCGGCCCAAGAACACGAAAGUUGAAAAAGAAAAAAGACGAGAAGGAAGACAAGCGCCCGAGAACAGCGUUCACGGCCGAACAGCUGCAAAGACUUAAAACGGAGUUUCAGGCCAAUCGCUAUAUCACGGAGCAAAGGAGACAGACUCUGGCCCAGGAACUCAACCUCAACGAAUCGCAAAUAAAAAUAUGGUUCCAAAAUAAGAGGGCGAAAAUAAAAAAGGCCAACGGCAUCAAGAACGCCCUCGCGCUGCAGCUCAUGGCGCAAGGACUGUACAACCAUUCCACCACCACCGUUCAGGAAGACAAGGUGGACAGCGACUGAACCGACUCUCUUUUUUUCCUCUCACGUGCCAUAGAUAGCAUACUUCUGGGGAAUGAUUAUUAUUAUUAUAUUAUUAUUAUUAUUAUUAUUAUUAUUAUUAUAGCCAAAUUGUGAAGUAAACCAUAAAUCUAGACAGAGGGCUAUCCAAAUCAGACCUCUGUCUACUACAUAGCGUAUAUAUAUAUAUAUAUAUAUAUAUAUAUAUAUAUAAUUGUAGAUAUUUAAUUUCAGGUGGUUAAAUAUCAGAAGGGUGUACCUGUACCGAAUAAUACUUGCUGGGAAAUAUUUGUUUUCUUUAUGAAGCUGAUCACUGUUUUUGUACAUCUCUGAAUCAUCACGAUUUUUUUUCAACAGUUCAUUUUUGUCUCCCGAAUUCAAACUGCAUUCAACCAAUUUUACAGAUUUCGUUCUUGAUUCGCCGCUUGAAGCCAAAGAUUUUAAUAUGUUCAGAAAAAAAAUGUGGACUGAAAUAAAAGUGUAUAAUGCACACGA